UAAAAAUGACAAGAACAUUUUUAAUAUUGUUGCUGGUUAGUUAUGUAUACAGUGCAAACAUUUUCUUUUAUAGUCCGGCUUGUUCAAAAAGUCAUUAUAUUUGGAAUUACGCUCUAGUUAGUGGAUUGAUUGCUAAAGGGCACAAUGUAACAUUUUUCGACGCAUUUUCAAAAGAAAUACCCGAAACUGAUUUGUAUCACCCUCUGGAUUAUAAAUAUAUGACCAUAGAAGGAGAUCCAGAUGAAUUUCCACAAGAAAAUUUAGCUCAACAAAUUCCACAGUUCAUGAUCUUAAUGGGGGAACUGUGUGAUCUUGUGUACAAAUCUGAAAACUUAGACUCAAUCCUGCAAAACAAAGACAAAUACAAAUUCGACCUUAUCAUUACCGACAUCACCAUUUUUCCAUGUGGAGUAGCCCCACUGCACGCCUUCCCCGACAUCCCAAUUGUGGGUGUAACUGCAUUCUUGUUGCCCCCCGAAUUUUCACACAUGUUUGGCAACAAUUUACAACCUGCAUACGUCCCUCAUUACUUCUCCGAUUUGACUGACGACAUGAGUUUUAUGGAUAAAGUGUACAAUUUUUUGGCAACCUAUGGAACAGAAUUUGCCUAUUAUAAGUAUUGGAAUGAAUUUGAAGAAGCGGCUAAGAAGAAGUAUGGUCCUAAACAUGCACCAUAUAUGAAAAACGUUGAUAGAAUUUCUUUGCUGCUGAGCAACGUAAAUCCGUUGUUGGAUUAUCCCCAGCCCUUGCCACCAAACAUUAUCCCAGUAGGGGGACUUCAAGCCAAACCCGCGAAUAAACUUCCUCAGGACUUGCAAAAAAUUCUGGAUAAUUCAGUAGAUGGAGUAAUAGUUUUUUCAUUGGGUACAAACAUGAGAUCUGAUAAACUUUCCCCAGAAAAAAGGAAGACCCUUUUGGACGCUUUCAAACAACUUAAACAAACUAUUUUAUGGAAAUUUGAAAGUGACAUUGAAAACUUACCUAAAAAUGUGGUUGUACGUAAAUGGUUACCUCAAAAUGAUGUAAUUGCUCAUUCAAAUGUUGUUUUGUUCAUCGGACAUGGAGGAGCUCUAAGCACUCAAGAAGCUUUGUACCACGGAGUUCCAAUAAUUGGAGUACCAUUUUUCUUCGACCAAGUCAUCAAUGUCAAAGCUUUGCAACAUAGAAAACGAGGAGCACUUCUAGAUUACAAAACGAUGACUACCAAACAAAUCGUAGACACCAUUCGGGAAGUCAUUGAAAAUCCCAUAUACAAGAAGAAUGUUAAAGAAGUUUCAAAUAGAUUCAAAACUCUACCAUUAAAGCCACUGGAUGUGGCAGUACAUUGGGUGGAAUAUUCUUUAAAACACAACGGAACAUCUUUUCUAAAUCUUAAAUCCCGUCACAUGAGUUUCUUACAAUAUACCUGUUUGGAUGUAGUUUUAUUUCUGGUUGGCGUUGUUGUGGCAAUUUGCUCGAUUAUUGUGUUUUCUAUUCACAAAAUUUUAAAUAUGUUCUGUAACAAAUCCACACAGAAAAGAAAACGUGAUUAAACCUUUGGUAUCUAUUCUUAUCAAAUCAGAUUAGGAAUUGCUUUAUGUUAAUCUAAAACGACGAACAUUUUUAAUUUAAUGGUGACAAGCUAAGAAUAAAUACUUAAGCAAUUUUUUAAGAAGAAGUUCCUGUCAUUUUCUAAUCCACCUAGUCAUUAGUGAUUUAUUUGUUAAGAAAUUGUUCAAAUAAAACAGAUUAAAUUUG